AUGGACGCAACAGAACUUAAGAACAGGGGCAACCAGGAGUUUUCUUCGGGUCGCUAUAAGGAGGCUGCCGAGUUUUUCAGUCAGGCGAUUAACCUGGACCCCUCUAACCAUGUGUUAUACAGCAAUCGAUCUGCUUGCCAUGCAGCCCUUCAUCAGUAUCCAAAUGCGUUGCAGGAUGCCGAGAAAUGUGUUUCCAUUAAGCCAGAUUGGGUGAAAGGCUACGUGAGAAAAGGCGCUGCCCUGCACGGCCUUCGGCGCUACGAAGAAGCUGCUGCUGCGUACAACAAGGGGCUUUCUCUUGAUCCGUCAAGCGCUGCAUGUACCGAGGGUAUUGCUGCUGUGGAGAAGGAUAAAGUUGCUUCGAGAAUGCAAAAUCCUUUUGCGAAUGUAUUUGGUCCUGACGCCAUCGGGAAAAUACAGGCCCAUCCAAAGCUUUCACUUUUCCUUUUGCAGCCGGAUUACGUUCGUAUGAUUGACGAAGUUAUGAAAGAUCCUUCUUCAGUACAAAAAUACCUUAAGGAUCAACGUUUCAUGGCAACAUUUAUGGUACUGAGUGGCUUGGAACUCCCAGAGGAUGAGGAUGAAGAAGAGGAAAAGGUGAGGCGACAACAACAAAAGCAGAAGGAGAAGGAAAUGAGGGAAGAACAGGAGAAGAAGAGGGCCGCUGCCACUGAACUUUCAUCAGAAGCAAAGGAAGCAUUGCGUAAAAAGGAGGAAGGGAAUGCGUUGUACAAGCAAAGAAAAUUUGAUGAGGCCUUACAGAAAUAUCAGGAAGCCCUUGCUAAGGACAGUACGAAUACCGUUUACCUUCUUAAUAUCACUGCGGUUAUUUUCGAAAAGGGUGAAUAUGCAGCGUGCGUAGAGAAGUGUGAGGAGGCUCUGGAGCAUGGCCGCGAGAAUCGUUGUGACUACACUGUGCUGGCUAAACUUAUGACACGUGAGGCAUUGUGUUUGCAGAGACUAAAGCGUUUCGAUGAGGCUAUUGCUUUGUUUAAGAAAGCGUUGGUGGAGCACCGUAACGCUGACACCCUCGCCAAGUUGACUGCUUGUGAGAAAGAGAAGGAAAAGUUUGAAAUUGAGGCAUACUUGGACCCUGAGAUAGCGCUACAGAAGAAGGAAGAGGGAAAUACGUUCUUCAAGUCUGACAAGUUUCCUGAGGCUGUGGAGGCGUACACGGAGGCCAUUAAGCGUAAUCCAGACGAGCACACGACGUACAGCAAUCGCGCCGCGGCAUACUUGAAACUUGGGGCGUACAGCCAGGCUCUCGCAGAUGCUGAGAAGUGCAUCAGUCUUAAACCGGAAUUUGUCAAGGCACAUGCCAGAAGGGGUCAUGCUUUCUUCUGGACGAAGCAGUACAACAAAGCUCUACAGGCGUAUGACGAAGGCCUCAAACAUGAUAAGGAGAAUGCGGAGUGUAAGGAAGGACGCAUGCGGACUCUGAUGAAGAUUCAGGAGAUGGCUACUGGCAACUCUGCCGACGGAGAUGAAGUGGCAAAACGCGCCAUGGCAGAUCCAGAGGUUGCUGCUAUCAUGCAGGACAGCUAUAUGCAGUUGGUACUGGGUGAGAUGCAGCGGGACCCCUCACGCGUCCAAGAAUACAUGCGGGAUCCGACGAUUGCCGCAAAGAUCAACACCCUUAUUUCUGCUGGAAUCAUUCGUUUUGGAAAGUAA